UUUUUUUUUUGUUUGUUUCUCCCCCUCCUCGCCCAAAUUGUAGCGAGACCGAAUGUCGAUCACCGCUUCGGACUCGCGUGCUCUUCUCCCUCCAAUGGCUGACGGAUCGCAUCUGAACGAGGAUGGCAGCGAAAAGGAGCGCCGCGUAGCUGCCAACAACCCGGGGUACAAUGCCGCCUUCAAGUCGUACGUCGGCAACCACAUUGUGACGUCCAAGUACACCAUCCUCACGUUCAUUCCCGUCAACCUGUUUGAGCAAUUCCGCCGUGUUGCCAACGCCUAUUUCCUCUUCCUGCUCAUUCUCCAGCUGAUCCCGGCCAUUUCGGCGCUGAGCUGGGUGACCACGGCCAUCCCACUGAUCUUUGUGCUUGCUGUGACUGCCGUCAAGGAUGGCUUUGACGAUUUCAAGCGCCACAAGAGCGAUCACGGCGUCAACACCCGUCCUUCGCGUGUGCUUCGUAACAACGCGUGGAUUGAUGUCCAAUGGCACGAGGUGGUGGUUGGCGACAUUAUCGCCAUGAACGACGGUGAAUUUGUUGCGGCAGAUCUCUUCCUGUUGUCGACCAGCGAGCCGCAUGGCAUUUGCUACGUGGAGACGGCCGAGCUCGACGGCGAGACCAACCUCAAAAUCCGCCAGGCUAUUCCGGACACCAACCAUCUCGACGAAACGCACCACCUGAACGAGUUUGACGGCGUUGUGUUUUGCGAACCCCCGAACAACAAUUUGCAUCGCUUUGAUGGCGCCCUGACCUACAAGAACAAGCAGUUCCCGAUCGACAACGACAAGAUUUUGCUUCGCGGCUGCGUUGUUCGCAACACCAAGUGGAUUCAUGGCCUCGUGCUCUUUGCUGGCCACGACACCAAGUUGAUGCAAAACAGCGGUGGUGCUCGCUUCAAGCGCACCCACAUGGACAAGCUGAUGAACAACAUGGUCAUUACCAUCUUCUGCUUCCUGGCAACGCUGUGUUUGAUUGCUGCGAUUGGUAGCGGUAUCUGGACGACGCUGUAUGGCGGCGAUUUCCGCAUCUAUCUGCCGUGGGAAACUUUUACGAGCACCCCUGGUGUUAUUGGUGUUUUGAACUUUUUCUCGUUCAUCAUUCUGCUCAACACACUCGUCCCCAUUUCCCUGUACGUGUCCGUCGAAAUCAUCCGUCUCAUCCAGUCGUGGCUGAUUGACUGGGAUCGCGGCAUGUACUUCCCGGAGAACAACACCCCGGCUGCGGCUCGCUCGACCACGCUCACCGAAGAGCUCGGUCAGAUCCAGUACAUUUUCUCGGACAAGACGGGCACCCUCACUCGCAACGUCAUGAGCUUCCUCAAGUGCACGAUUGACGGCGUGUCUUAUGGCAAGGCCCUGACUGCCGCCAACGCUGGUGCUGCCGCCCGCUCUGACGGCAACGCCUCUGCUGCCGGUGCCCUGACCAGGGUGGACUUUAGCUGGAACGCGCUCGCCGACCAGGACUUUGAGUUUUUCGACGAAAGCCUCGUUAAGGAAUGCCGCGGUGGCAACCCUCGCGCUGCCGACUUUUUCCGCCUGCUCGCUAUUUGCCACACUGUUGUUCCCGAAGAAACCGAGGCUGGCGGCCUGGAGUACAAGGCCCAAUCCCCCGACGAAGCUGCCCUUGUGUCGGCUGCCAAGAACUUUGGCUUUGUCUUUAUGCGCCGCACCCCGACUCAGGUGGUCAUCUCCAUCCACGGCCAGGAAGAAACGUACGAUCUCCUCACCAUCAUCGAGUUCAACUCGGACCGCAAGCGCAUGUCCAUCGUGGUGCGCAUGCCCAACGGCAAGCUUCGUCUGUACUGCAAGGGCGCCGACUCUGUCAUUUACGCUCGACUUGGCCCCAACUCCUGCGAGGAUCUCAAGACAACGACAUCGCAGCACCUCGAAGUUUUUGCCAACGACGGUCUGCGCACGCUUUGCCUGGCUUACCGCGAUCUCGGCGAGGAAGAGUUUACGGCUUGGCAAAAGGAACACCACGAGGCCAGCAUCGCUCUGACGGAUCGCGAGGCCAGGAUUGGCGCGGUUGCCGAGCGCAUUGAAACCGAUUUGACGCUCAUUGGUGCUACUGCCAUUGAAGACAAGCUGCAAGAGGGUGUCCCGGAAGCCAUUGCCAACCUUGCUCGCGCGGACAUCAAGAUUUGGGUCUUGACGGGCGACAAGCAGGAGACGGCCAUCAACAUUGGUUUCUCGUGCCAGCUGCUCCGCACCGACAUGGAGCUUUGCAUUGUGAACGGCAAGGAGGAAAAAGACACGCUUGCCAGCCUCGAGCAGGCCAAGCGUGUUGCCGAAGUCAACCCCGACGUCGCGAAGGCGCUUGUCAUUGACGGCCACUCGCUGCAUCACGCGCUCGAGCCGCACAACAAGCUCAAGUUCCUCGAGGUGGCUUCCAAGAGUCGCGCGGUGAUUUGCUGCCGCGUCUCGCCGCUGCAAAAGGCGCUCGUCGUGACCCUGGUCAAGGAGCACAAGAAGGCCGUGACGUUGGCUAUUGGUGACGGUGCCAACGACGUGUCCAUGAUCCAGGCUGCUCACAUUGGUGUUGGUAUUUCGGGCAUGGAGGGUCGCCAGGCCGUCCUUGCCGCCGAUUUCUCGUUCGCGCAGUUCCGCUUCCUCGAGCGCCUGCUCCUGGUUCACGGUCGCUGGUCGUACAUGCGCAUGUGCAAGUUCAUGGCGUACUUUUUCUACAAGAACUUUGCCUUUACUCUCUGCCAGUUCUGGUAUGCCUUCUUUUCGGCCUUCUCUGCCACGACCUUGUACGAUGCCUGGAUGAUUACUUUCUACAAUGUCAUUUUCACCUCGCUUCCAGUGCUGAUGGUCGGCAUUUUCGAUCAGGAUGUGGACGAUAAGACUUCGUUGAAAUUCCCGCAACUGUACAUCCCCGGUCAGCGCAAUCUUUUGUUCAACAAGACCAAGUUUUGGCUGUCGUUGGCCAAGGGCAUCUGGACUUCGGUCGUGCUGUUCUUCUUUGCUCUUGGCAUCUUUUACGAUCAACUCUCACCCAGCGGCCGCACCAACAACGACCUCGUCUUCCUCGGCACUUGCGUCGCCGCGGUGCUCGUGCUGGUGGUCAACCUUGAAAUUGGAUUGAACACGUAUUCGUGGACGAUUGUGAACGCCGUUUUCGUGAUUGCAUCCAUCUUGUCCAUCUGGGCGUUCUACUUUAUUCUGUAUUCCGUCCCUGCGUUUGGCGAGACUGUCAUUGCCUACUACUGGGCCGUGUACCGAAUCAUUGCCUCUGGUGCAUUCUGGUUCUACCUGGGCCUGGGUGUCGCGACCAUCUUCCUGCCACUGCUUUCCAUGCGCUACUACCAAAUCACGUACAGACCAACGCCUGUUGACAUUGUGCGCGAGAUUCGGAAACUGGAUUCGACACGCGACCGUCAAAACCGCGACAGCAAAUCCUCCGACUCGCUCGAGCUCGGAGUUCGGGAGCCCACCAAGCCGUCGCCCCAGCCAGCACACCACGGCUUUGCCUUCUCCCAGGAGCCGGGUGGUGCCGACCUGAUCACCCCAGGUCCUCGUUGCUCAAUUGGCGAGGGCACUGGCAUGGGCAUCAAGAAGCCUGCUGCUCGCGAGUGACAAGACCGACUUCAGCAAGUCUCCAUUUUUGACUCUUGCAUUCUUUGUCUUGAACAAUUUGGUUGUUUUCCUGUUUCUUGCGGUGAUGUGCAUGUCCGAUUCUUCUGUGCGAUGCUUUGUCAUUUUUGUGUGUUUGUCAAGUUUAAGAAAGCUAU